AUGGCUGACACUAUUAUCUCUCUUGUUAUUGAAAGAACUGUUGAUCUGCUGAUUAAAAAAUCUGUUUUCCUGAAAGAUGUUGGACGACAAAUUGAAAGAGUCCGAAAUGAUCUGGACUGGAUGCGGUGUUUCCUGAAAGAUGCAGAUCAAAAGCAAGAUGAAGAUGAAAGGAUUCACCACUGGGUUUCACAAAUCAGAGCUGCUGCCUAUGAUGCAGAGGAUGUCAUUGAGAUCUUUGCCAGCGAAGUUGAGUUCUUCACAAAGAACAAGGGACUCGUCACCAAAUUGACGUAUUAUCCCUUGAAAAUUGUGAACCUCUACAAGAUAGGUAAAGAGAUCGAGUCCUUACAGAUAAGGCUCAAUGACAUAGCUGAUAGCCGUGAAAAAUACGGUAUAAAAAAUCUUGGCGAGGGAACGAGUACACAAGGAGAAGAGCUUCAACGUCUCCGACGGUCCUCUCCAAUUAGUGAGGACAAGGAUAUUGUGGGCUUCGAGAAGAUAACAAAAUCCCUGGUGAAAGAACUUUUGAAAGGGGACAAAAACCGCCGGGUGGUUUCGAUCAUUGGCAUGGGAGGUGCUGGUAAGACAACUCUAGCCAAAAAAGUUUAUAACCAUGCUGAUGUUAGGGAGAGAUUCAACUGUCGUGCUUGGGUAUGUGUCUCUUCAAUUUACAAUCACAAAGAGACGCUGAGAACAAUCAUAAAGCAACUGAAUCCAGUAACUAAUGAGCUACUUGACAUGUUGGAAAAGAUGCAAGAGCAGGACUUGGAACAAAGGGUCUAUCAAGAUCUACAAGACAAAUGUUAUCUUGUGGUACUUGAUGAUGUAUGGAAGGAAGCAGCGUGGGAUUGCCUAUCCAGGAGGGCCUUUCCUGAUGUUGGCACAUCAAGUAGAUUGCUGCUUACAAGUUGCAAUCGGGAUGUUGCCGUACACGCAGAUGCUCUUAGCAUCCCACAUGAGUUGAAAACUUUGGGGGAGGACGAUAGCUGGCAGUUGUUCCUCAAAAAGGCCUUAGGCCAUGGAGCUAAUGCUGUGUGUCCUUCAGAUUUGGAAGUAGUAGGCAGGAAAAUUGCGGGGCGAUGUGCCGGUCUACCACUGGCCAUAACGGUUAUUGGUGGCCUGCUACUAGGCAAGAAAAAGUUGAAGAGUGAAUGGGAGAAAGUUCUCAACAACUUUAGCGCAUACCUAUCAAGAAGCCAGAGUGAAGCAGGGGCGAUUCUGGAAUUAAGUUAUGCAGAUCUUCCUGCCAAUCUGAAAUAUUGCUUUUUGUAUUUGGGUUUGUUUCCAGAGGACUCCGUGAUUUCUGUGCGCAAGUUGAUCCAUAUGUGGGUUGCAGAGGGAAUAAUGCAGAAAAGAGAUGCAAAAAAUUUGGAGGAAACUGCAGCAUAUGAUGAUGUGGAACGACUUUGUAGCAGGAAUAUGGUCCAAGUGGCGGAAAUGACUGUUGAUGAGAGGAUUAAAAGCUGCAGAGUCCAUGAUUUACUGCGAGAGCUUGCAAUCAGAAAGGCAGAGGAUGAAAAUUUUUUUUCAGAUCCAUGACACCAGAGAUGAUGAAAUAUCAGCCAAAUCCAGGUACCUUGCUGUUCAUAGUCUCCCUCUGGAUAAAAAUUAUU